GCUGCCCCGGCCGAGGCGCUAUUGUCUCGCUUCCUGUGGCCGUGGAGCAGCCCCUCCACAUACAUGCGCGCUCCUCCGCAGACGCGCACAAACCCGCCGCGGUGGAUGUGAUGCGCUCCCACUUCUAGCGGACGCACGGCGCGCGACGCACGGAGGAAUCUCACGCGAGUCAGCUUCGGGAGGACUCGGUGCUGUUUGGACCCGGGGCAGUUGGAUACUCGGAACCAAGGACGCUGAGCGGCGGCAGCGGAGCGUCGGACUCCGGAGGUCUUCUCUCUUUUGACAGCUGCGCCGCUGCGGGACCGACAAACAGCAGUGACCAGGCCGUGAACUGUCACCGUCCGCUCGGCUGCCAGAGGAGCGAGCAGCCCAGCGGCGCUGCAUCCUGACCCGCUUUGUUUGCCCGAGCGUCCGCCAUGGCCUGAGGAGGCCUCGGCCGUGAUUCUGAUUCACACCCGCUCCGCCCGUCUGUCUGUGGAGCCCCCGCCUCCGCCUGCGCUCCCGCCAUGGCCAGCCUGGUGAUCAACGAGACCGGAAUGGAGGACUGCGGCAUCGACGACUCCUUCAAGUACAACCUGUACUCCGUGGUCUACAGCGUCGUCUUCGUGCUGGGCCUGAUCACCAACUGCGCCGCCCUCUUCGUCUUCUGCUUCCGCAUGAAGAUGCGCAACGAGACCACCAUGUUCAUGACCAACCUGGCCCUGUCGGACCUGGUGUUCGUGUUCACGCUGCCGUUCAAGGUCUUCUACAACGUCAACCGCCACUGGCCGUUCGGGGACGGGCUGUGCAAGGUGUCGGGCACGGCCUUCAUCACCAACAUCUACGGCAGCAUGCUCUUCCUCACCUGCAUCAGCGUGGACCGCUUCCUGGCCAUCGUCUACCCGUUCCGCUCGCGCUCCAUCCGCACGCGGCGGAACGCGGCGCUGGUGUGCGCCGCCGUGUGGCUCACCAUCGUGGGCGGCGGCAUAUCCGUCACCUUCUUCUCCACCAUCAACAGCACCAACACGGCCACCACGUGCUUCGAGGGCUUCUCCAAGAGCACGUGGAGGACCUACCUUUCUAAGAUCACCAUCUUCAUUGAGAUCGUGGGCUUCCUCAUCCCCCUUCUGGCCAACUUGGUGUGUUCGUCACUGGUGCUGCGAACCCUGCGGCGCCCCGUGACCGCCGGCCACGGCUGCGACAACAAGCGGCGCGUCCUGCGGAUGAUUGUCGUCCACCUCGGCAUCUUCAUCAUCUGCUUCGUCCCCUACAACUCCAUCCUCUUCCUCUACGCCCUGGUGCGAACCCAGGCGCUGGCCAACUGCGGCGUGGAGCGCUUCGCCCGGACGCUUUACCCCAUCACGCUGUGUCUGGCCUGCCUCAACUGCUGCCUGGACCCCGUGGUCUACUACUUCACGUCGGAGAGCUUCCAGAAGAGCCUGACCCUGGGAGGCAAAGGGCCCGGCUCUCGGCCCGAGAGCGUCCCCCGCAGCGACACGCCCGAGACGCAGGACGCCACCGGCGCGCUGCCCGGAGACACAGACGCCCCGGCCAGCAACGGGAAGGAGGCCAAAUCGUCUGAGAGCAAGCUCUGACUCCGCGGGGGAGAUGGGAGGAAAGAAGGGCAGGAGAGGGUUUGGAUUUAAAAUAGAGGAGCAGUCGGACGUUGGGUCCCGGAAGCGACAAACGCAUAACUCAGCAGAUUAGCUAAGCCUGAGGUAAGUCCUGAGGUAUGGCCUGGGCUUUGGGGAUUAAUGCACCACUGGAUAACAGAGGAAUGUAUCUGUGUGUGUUUACUGUGAACAAACACUCCAGGGACCAGAGCCGCAGCCGCAUCAGGACUAUUAGGACACACAGACACACAGAAGGAGGCGGAAACACGUCCUCACUCUUUUCUUCAUUCAUCGAUGCACUGGACAGAGGAUUAGAGGGUUGUUUCCGUACUUUUGUAUCACAUUGAGCCCUUAAGUUUUAUUGUUUAUGACGUUCGAGCUUUCGCAGUGCGUUAUAUAAUUUUAGACAUUAAUGUUGUGACACUCUUUCGUGUGGAGAGACUGUUAUAACACACAGCAGCACACAGAGUUGAAUGUGUCUCGUGUUGAUGCUUGGGACCAUUAAAUGUCUGUUUUGAAUUUCA